AUGAAUGCAGGAAAAUUACAAUGUGUCAGCAGCGUUCCAGAUCGCGAAAAGAUAUUUCAUGGGAUCGACGAACACUUUGUUUUUGUUUAUCAUAUAGUGCAAAAACGAAUACCAGCUACUUUCCAGUACAAUAAAGAUUUUAGAAAUUUCAAGGUCUGUGGAAAUGAAUGUGCAGUUAAUCAAAAACUGCAAAAACUUGGCAAUGGUGCAUCUGGUCGUAACAAACGCAAAAACCGUCAAAGAGCAAGAAGAAAAAAUCGAACUUUAUAUGUACAUAAAGAUUUGGAUAGACCUGAAUGA